AUGUCGGUCACAACCACACUCAAGAAAAUCUCGGCGUCCACUACGGGUCGCCGUAGUGGUUCGUAUCAUGCGUCGAAUCAGGACUCCAACAUGCCGGUGGAGAAGCGAACAAUAACGGUAUCGGUGAUCGGUCUGUCUGGCACCGAAAAGGAGAAGGGAUGCAUGGGCUCGGGGAAAUCGUGCCUUUGCAAUCGAUUCGUGCGUCCAGGCGAAGAUGAUUACUACACGGAUCAUAUAUCGGUUUUAUCGCAAACCGAUUUCGGAGGACGAGUGGUCAACAAUGAUCACUAUCUCUAUUGGGGGCACGUUACCAAAGGAACAUCGGCUGACAUAUUCUCCGAAAUGAAUCAGGAGUUAGGUAUGAGCACCAUGUCAGGACCGGGCGUGCUCGGCAGCGGCGUCCCGCCUUUGCCCCCGGGGGUGGCAGGCGUCCAGACCACGUUCCACAUAGUUGAGCAGACCGAAUUCAUCGACGAUUCAUCGUUCCAACCUUUCAAAAGUGGCAAGACGGACCCCUAUGUGAAACGAUGCGCUGCCUUACGGCUGACUUCAGCGGAGAAACUCAUGUAUAUUUGUAAAAAUCAAUUGGGGAUUGAAAAAGAGUACGAACAAAAACUCAUGCCUGACGGACGGCUCAACGUAGACGGAUUCGUCUGUAUUUUCGACGUAUCCGAUGUUCCCGGACGAUCGAAUGAGCGCGUUGUUGAGUACACGGCCGCCUGUCUGGGACAGGUUCUCAGAGCGAAGAAGCCUGUCGUGAUGGUAGCUACGAAAUGUGACGAAGCCGAUGAUUCCAUGCAGAGAGAGUUGGAUCGACUUCUGUCCCGCAAGGAAUUCAAAUCGGCGAACAUUCCCUUGAUCGAGACGUCAGCUCACAACGCGGUGAACGUGGACACGGCUUUCAUGGUGCUAGCGCAUCUAAUCGACAAAGCUCGGCCGGGAAAACUCAAGAUCAUGUCGUAUCAGGAAGCUCUCAAGUGUCGGCAGGAGCUGUGCGACUUCGCCUCGGAGGCCUACGGUGCUCUGGUUCGCGGCCAGGUUAAUGACUACAGGACGCUGUGGGUGACCGCCUCGAAGCGCUUGCAGAACUGCACCGAAUACAAGCGAUACGUUGAGAUCUUCGGCAAGGACAAAGCGAAACGGACUUUCAUCCAGCACACUAAACUGCUCAAGGAGCAAUUCAUCGACAGCAGAGUACAGGCGUAUCUCAGGGUGCUACCCGACAUACUCCUCGACCUCCUGCCUGAUCUAGACGCCAUAAAGCACACUGAUUGGAAUCUAGUGAAGGAGCAGCUUCGCAAUCACCCAGACUUUGAUCAGUACUUCAUCGACCGGCCGGAAGAGUCUUGGGAGGAGCUGAUCCUCGGUGAUGACCAAAACGAAGACGGCCUAUGCGAUGAAGAUCGCGUUCCAUUUCAACUACUAGACACAGAGGACGCCGAACAAUGCUACAUGCAGCACCGACAGUCGCUCGCCAACGAAGACAAGCGCAACGAUCAGCGCAAAGCGUUCAAGAAACUGCUCGAGGAAACCGGUUUCGUCACGCCCGGAAAAGCUCUCUCGGAGGUGCGCGUCCUGUUCAUGGGACGCGACUGCUAUGAACAUCUUGGCGAAAAGGACAUUCAGGACAUCUACGACGAGCAUCAGCUAGAGAUUACGGAACGAGCCAAGAAACAUUUCCAGGAACUUCUGCUAGAACGAGCCGAACUCUUUUACGACUUCGCCAACAUCGGACCCGGUUCAGUCAUCACGCAGGAGGACAUUCAGCGAAUCACGGAGUGUAUUCAGGAAGAUAUCAGAUACAAGACAUUAGAACGGCUGGACCAGGAGCGGAUGCUGAUUCUAUUACGCCAUUUGGGCUUUGUGCAUGGCCCCGUUCGGGAAACCUGUCCCGCAGGUCCUGGUGGCCAGUGCAUGGACCAACUGGUGGGUCGUGCUCUUCAGAGGGCUCCCAGACCUCAAUCGUGGGCUCGAAGUUCCACUUGGAUGCUAAGUCACACCGAGAAUGGCGAGCAACAGCUCAACGUCGUAUUCCUUGCUGCGAAACCGCUGCUGCAAAGCUUCAGCCAUUUCUUCAAGAAUCAAUGUUGCAACACCAUCGAUGAGAGUUCGGGCCGGUUUAUACUCGAGUUGGAAAAAGAGAGGAUCGCUCUCGAACUACGUCUGAUUGAUGGCGAUGUAUCACUCCCGGAAAAUUCCUUCAAGACAGCUGAUUUCAUCCCUCACGGGUGUUUGUGCCUAUACGAGGACUCGAGCUCUCUGGAAUACAUACGCGAGUCCUUGGAGAAAACUCUGCUGUCGAACCUCGAAGACGACCGCCAGCCUUUCCACGGUCUGCCGAUAGUAAUGGUGCUGUUGUGCCGUGAGGGAGAGGACGAAGCCAAGCUGGAGCACCUCCGCGAUGAGGGCAACAAUCGCGCUCGAGCUCUGCAGUGUCCUUUCAUUGCCGUAAAUUACGUCGAAGAUGGCUUCGACCGGUCGUCGGUGCUACUGUCGAUAUCGUCGCUCAUCGAAGGAAUCCAACGGCGUGCGGGCCUGAUGCAACAGCUGUACAGAGGCCUCCCACCCGGCGACAACGUAACGCCGGACGUGAAAGUACUCCUCUGCACACUGUGCGGAGACAAGUUCGAUGUCGAGCAGCUGCUCACGCCCCUACUCUCACACCAGUGUUGCCUCGUGAACAACGUGCCUAACACCCUGACUUUAGAAGCGUACAUCGGACCGACAGGUCCUCGUGGCAAGAGCACCAUAAUCGUACAGGUUCAAGUGACGAGCUAUCACGAGGCACAACACUACCGAGACGAAUUACUCCAUGGGUUUAUUCUCGCCUACUCCCUAGAACGGAGGGCCUCACUAGCUACGAUGACUGCAUUCUCGAAAAACAUUUCGCACGUUCCGCUCCAAAUCGUUGCGUUGUCUUCCAACAACAUGUCCACGAAUCCCGAAGAUCAGGCCGUGAGGGACACGCUCAUGAACGAAGGAGAAGAUAUCGCCCAUACCCUGCAGGCUCAUUUCCUCUAUACUCUUCCACCCGAUCGGACCCUGAGUACCACGGCAUAUUCGCCAUUCUUCAAAGACGUUUACCACAGCAAAGGAAGCACUGAACGGGCUUUCAGUCCUUUGUGUGACGGCUCCUGUGCUGAAGAACUUUCUGAGUACACGGACGAAGAAGAAGAUGACGCAGACGUCGGCGUACCGGUAGGCGAUCCCUCGAACAUGGCAACGUUACCCCUCAGAGGUUUCGUGGUCCCACCGCCUCCGCUUCGCCACGAGAGUUAUAAUCAGAUUCCCGUUAGCGGGAAUGAGGAGAACAGCGAAGGUCUCUAUGAGCAGCUGCCGGGAGAGUCGGGUCUAAGCCCUGGAUCAGACGAUGGAGGGAUUGGACCCGCAGGGGUUUACGCUCCUCUUUACGCGAACGGCAGGGACCCGGAUGAGCUCAAGAGACUGCAUCAUCCCCACAUUUCCGAUAACGGUUCGUACUCGACAAUUUUCGGCGGCACCGGUAAUAACUCUAUGGAGAGGCCGAGCCGACCAUCUGCGGGGGAGGCGCCCUCGUAUCCCCCGCCGCUUCCACCUGCGAGGAACCUGAUGACGACUUUCGCGCAGCGAGGCUCCCACGGUCCCGCGGUACAAGUUCCCACAGAGAACGCCUAUCUGAUCUCACACCAACAGCAACAGCAGGCUCCACCACCGCAGUUCCGAAACGGAAACUCAGCAGUGCGGAACUUCCUCCUGAAGAAAAGCUCAUCGUUGCGUGCCGCUCCACCGCCCGUCGUCGUUCCAGCGCGGCACUCGAUCGAUACUGGUAAAGGAUUGAGCGAAGAGUCUCCGGAAGACGAUACCGUCUCAUCUGGUCUGAGUGCGUACGGAGGGUAUCCACCUCCCGAUCCUGCGCCACCGGACUUGCUUCCUCCGGCAGCUGGGUUCCGUUUCGCAGGCGACACAGCGUCCCAGGAGUCGCUCGCGCUCGAGUCAGGAUGGGUCGACAACCGUUUGUAUGAGCAGCAGAGAGGCGGUACAAGCACCUUCGGACACGGUUCUCAAACGCCAGACGACUCUUGGGAAAGGCAACAGCUCCAACAAUUGGACCACGCGGCUACCCCAGAACUUUUCCAGAGAUACGGAAUUUUCAACCAGCAAGCCAGUCCGUCACCCCUUGUCGGUCACAAAUCAUCUCACAAGCCCAGGCAGCAAAAGCCUGUAGGAAGGAUAAACCUCCGGGAAUUCGAUAAUAUUCAAAGCGCAAUACAGCGCAUCAAUGUCAGCGGAGGUAGCUCAAGAUACCCUGUGGGUGCACUGCCUAAAACUCACGCCGCCAGCGUUGAAGAUCAUCACUACGCUCCGCUGAUCCCGCAACAGAAGAAGCUCCUCCCUAGAGUCAAAGACAAAGGUGGAGAAGGUAUGAGCGAAUCGGACUCGGCCGAAGUUAGCGAUUCGGGAGACAACCUCGAGUCGGACAACCUCGAUCCGCAGCAAGACAUGGAUCCUAGCUCGAAACACCGUAAGAGCGCUAAAAGCCGCUCGAAGAAAAAAGCCAUCGCCGUGGCGCCGCCGAAAAUCCCCCUCCUCGAAGGCGGUCUCCCCGCUUUUCUCAGCAACCCACUGGGCCCCAUGAGCCCCCAGGAUCCCGAGAAAGGGAGUUUGGUGGCGGCUGGUGAUGAACCUGACGCUGUUGUUGCAGUUGGGCUCUGCUGCGGACCCUCGGGUUUAGCCGCAGGUGCGGCUGGCGGACACCUGGGGCAACUGGGGCUGGGAGCCCUGGGUCUCGAACGUCUUGCCCUGCCGCACAUGCCGAGUUCCCUUCGCCACCAAUAUCUAUUUAGUCAACAUUUUCCUUCCGAUAAUUCACUCAACUCCCAUUCCAAGACGCGUCUCGACGGUUUGUCAUGCAUGUCCGGGGUAAUGGAUGAUAGCAUGGCUCCAUUCGAUCUCAACUUAGAUCUGAAGCACAACUCUGGAGAGAAGCGCCGUGGCAAGGAGAAGAAAGAGAAGAGAAGCAAGUCCAAGAAGGGGAGCAAAAAAGUCAUCGAAGACUUCGCGCAGUCCGCUGACAACUUCGUCCCGCUCUUUGUUGAGAAAUGCAUCACUUUCAUCGAAAAGGAGGGCCUUGACUCCGAAGGUCUCUAUCGGGUACCUGGCAACAGAGCUCACGUCGACCUGCUCUUCCAAAAGUUUGAUGAAGAUCACAACUGCAACAUAACCGAGCUGGACAUCCCGGUCAAUGCUGUGGCCACGGCGCUGAAGGAUUUCUUCUCCAAACAUCUCCCUCCAUUAUUGUCAACUCAGACCAUGAACAAACUCACAGACGCCUCUGCCAUCCAAGAUCGCUCUUGUCGCCACCUAGAAAUGCGCCGCCUCCUCAAGCAAUUACCCACCGCAAACUUCGAAAUCCUGAAAUACGUGUUUCACCACUUCGUGAAGGUUUCGGAGAACUGCCGAUUGAACAACAUGGACAGCAAAAACUUGGCCAUCUGCUGGUGGCCUACCCUGCUCCCAUUGGAGUUCAACGACAUGCUGAUGUUUGAACGCGUUCGACCCCACCUCGAAGAUUCUGUACAGACCAUGAUCGAUCAGUACAGAUUUCUAUUUUGCGGCCAGGAAGAAGUAGUCAUGGUGUAG